AACCCCCCGUAUCCACUGUACACGACUCUGUCUCCGUUAAACGGGCUAAGAGGAGGGACUACGAGCACUACGUGCUUGAAGAACCGUUCAAAAUUGACCACGAGAAUAUUGUACACCUGGAAAUCAACACAUAUAGUCGUCUGAGGAGCAGCUGUUGCCUUUUUAAAAAAAAUCGGUUUCAUUUAUCGUGAUGUCCGCUUCGCAGUUUUUUGUCUGUUACAGUGUUGAUAAAUAUUGCUACAUAGCUAGCCAGCAAGCCAAUACCGAGCAAACCGGAGUCAACCACCAACAUUUCGAGUUGAAUGAAGACGCUUUGCACGGGCUGUAGCCUAUCCCGUGUAGAUAACACAGUUGUUGUAGCUAGUUAUCUGAAGGGCAGCGUCUUUGUUUGUUUUAUUGGCCUGCUAUUUCUCUCAUUGGUAUUGGUGAAGAAGAGACGAGCAGAUAUCGAGGACGGUAUUGAUUGGAUAUCCAUGAGCUCCGAUUUCCAGCACUACAGUUUCAGGAUGCCUAAUAUCGGGUUCCAGAACCUUCCCCUCAACAUCUACAUUGUGGUGUUUGGGACCGCCAUCUUUGUCUUCAUCCUCAGCCUUCUCUUCUGCUGCUACUUGAUAAGGUUAAGGCACCAGGCGCACAAGGAGCUGUAUGCAUACAAACAAGUUAUACAGAAGGAAAAGGUCAAAGAGCUAAACUUGCAUGAGAUAUGUGCGGUGUGCUUGGAGGAGUUCAAACAGAAAGACGAGCUGGGGAUUUGCCCGUGCAAACACGCCUUUCACAGGAAGUGCCUCAUUAAGUGGCUGGAGGUGAGGAAGGUGUGCCCGCUGUGCAACAUGCCUGUUCUGCAGCUCGCCCAACAGGCGGGCGUCACCAUCGACGUCACCGUGCCCAUACAGCAGCACCUGCCAGGCGUGGAAAAUCUUGUGUAGCGCAAACCGCAGUGCUCUCACCCUCACACACACACACACACACACACACACACACACACACACACACACACACACACACGACUACACACACAUGUACAGAUACACUUAUGCCUCGAUCAGACCGACAGCAUCAUUGCAUUUUUGGUACACCAGAAGGACAUUAAUUUCCAAUGGAACGCUGUGUUUACCUUGCAGCAUCGAACUGUAUGCGCAGACGGCUUGACAGAAACGGUAGCAGAAGGUGAACGCUGAACUUUUGUUGCACACAUAUCCAGAUGACGCCGUGCACCAUUUUGCGCAAUGUCUCUGUAGGUGCGAUGGAGGCGUUUAUACAUGAUUAAAAGACAGGGCAGACAAUGGAGAAACAACAGUGUUACGAUGCGGACAGAGACUCACGGCGAUGAAGAAGUGAAUCUGCUGCCUCCUCCUCCUCUCAUCUCUCUGCCUUGGUGGAUUCACAUAAGGAUUUUUUUUAAUAAUAACGGUUCUUUUAUUGACAAUUUAAAAAAUGUUCUUGUGGACACAGCCGUGGUCACUAUUCUGACCGUUUCACAACCAAAGCACUUUUCUGGUGACACCAGCGUGUGACGAAUAAGAGACAUAAAAACCAACAACUACCACACGUUGAUAUGAAAAUGGCUUCAUCGUUUCGUUUUCUUUUUAACGACUAAACUUGUAUUUUUUUAUUUUUUUGCUACAAGCACUUUAAACAUUUUACUCAAACUUAAAUUGCUUGUGAGGAGGUUGUAGUAGCAACAAGGUUAUUUUAUUAUUACGAUGAACUUUUUUUGUGUGUACAUACAGAGCCACAUGAGUUCAUUUUUUAGUUGAGUGGAGAUUUUUUUUUGGGGGGGGGGGGCAUACUAUCUUAAAGGGACAGUAGCCUUCAAAUGAAUUGACGUCAGGAUACUCGUGGGAUGCUCAAGGAACCGCAGAAUUCUGUGGCCUGAUCCUUCCUCUCUCUCACACAUGCAAAAAAGGAUAUUGGAGGUGUGUGUAUGAAGGGAGGGUCACCCCAACCUCAGUACUUGGUGUUUAAACAACUUAAUGUGAAUUAAGAGAGCAUGGGUUCGAAUGUGGGGUUGUGACUAGGAUGUGAUUCACCGGUGCAUUCGACUCUGCGUCCCCUCUUGCAUAUGAAGGUUGUACAGUUUGUUACUCACUGCACAUCUCGGCGUCUGCAUUCCCAAAUGGUACCCUAUUCUCUAAAAACUGCCCUAUUUAGGGAAUAGGGUGCCAUUUGGGACACACGCUGUGUGUGUUUUUUUACAACAAGGCUUUUCUGUGGCCACUUUCACGGUCUGCAUCUGUCAUUUCAGAAAAAAACAAUAGUUACUAUACUGUUUGUGAACUAAUUGUCGAAACGCAACAAUGCCGAGGUUGUAUUUUCAUUGAAAGAUAUUUCAAUAAGAGGUUUAAGGGUCGAAUCAAAUUAAAAUAGUAGAAUUGCCCAGACACACACUCCCAACUGUGGAGGGGUCCUGGCCUCAGUCACUUCCUGUGGACGAGCGACCAGGAAGUAAGAGUAACCCAACACCCCGAGCUCAUGGCACCCCUAGAGCUAACAUCCAAUCAUAUGCCUCUGUUCUUGUUACAUAAGAACCCCCCCCCAGCCCGCAGCGCUCCCAAAGCAUUACUCAUUCAGCUUGUGGCAACGGAGUGCUAUGAAAACACAUAGCUGGAAGAUUCCUCUGGUUUUCUACGUUUAAAAAUACAUCCCUCUCUUGCAGUCCUCUGGUUUGAGUUUGAAUGAGGUUUAGCCAGAUGGAAGUCUAAAACAACUAUCCCAAUCUACACACUAAAUAGUAAACAAGAGUACUUCAUAUAAUGACAAGAUGAUUUAUAUUCCAUAUUGUCUGUGACGUGAUCGUGUCUAGAAUCAUAUAUUCUAUAGGCUAAUCUUUAUGAAACCUAGAACAUUACUGGUCCACUAAGGCAGGGGGUCUUAAACUUUUCCACUUCCAGACCCAAAUUAGAAAUUGAAAAUCCUCCUCUGACCCAAAUGGUCCUCCAACAACCCAAAUGAAGAAGAAAUAGUGCGUGAUUAUAUUCUCACAUGCCCAGAGCCCACUUUGGGUCCCGACCCAUAGUUUAAGAAACCCUGCACUAAGGCAUUGUUGCAUUUUGACUGCUAUACAUAAACCUAUAAAAAACAGACAAGUUUGCUCAGUUAAUUGCAUUUCCAUUUCCAACUUUUGACACAGAAUGAUGGUAGUGAACGCUACAAGGUGACUGCCUUGGAACGUGAAAGGCUUGGUGACAUGUAUCAAGUUGUGACACUAUGCAAACUAAGCAACAAACCUUGUCUCUUGUUUGCUAGCCGUUACUGACAUCGUAACAGGAGCACCGGGGCAUUCACUUCUUAAUUCAGCCAACGAUUCAAAGCUUCUUCUGUGAUUUAGUAAUUACCAAACGCUAUUUAGCUUUAGCUUAGCAUUGAUCUAAUUAGGCUAUGAGGGAUGUAGGCUAAGCAUCUAGCUCAAAUUCUGGCAGCACUCAGCAUAUCGGUCAACACACGUACGUUCCCAGUAGAUGUCAUUGAGCUGGUAUAGGCCCUGGUCAGCAGUCGUAGAGAAUAGCAGUGUUUUAGCAGGCUCAUUCUAGCGCUUUCCCCAAUCGCUCUCUCCACACUGGUGAUUUGUUCACCGCUACACACACGCGCGCACACACACCAAUCCCUCUACCCUGGUGCUUUGUUCCACCACCUUUUGUGGGAUCACUGUAGUAAAAGUGCUGUGUGAUAGUUUGGAACAGAGGGGGAAACAGUGUCCCAUAGGUCAGGGGUCAGCUGGUGUCAAAGGUCACAGACUAGAUCUAGGUGAUGGGUCAUAAUAAUGCCGUUCAAUACAACUUUAUUUAUAAGACAGCCUGGUCUGUUCUAACAGGGUCGAUUUGGUUCUUCCCUCUUAAGUGUUUGCAACUUUUCAGGACCCCGGCUUUUUCAGUGCUGAGCAUCAGGCCCAGCUCCAGAACCACUGCGCUUGUCUCUCCUAAAAAUGGAAUGGUAUUCUUAGAAUUCAUCCUAUGAACCGUCUUCCGUUUUGAAGUGUUAAGACCACUGAGUCAACCACCCAGCGAAAUUUACUGUGUCCAUUGGCUGUACUUUCGAACAACAACCAAGGGGAAUGUUAGCCUACUGUAGCUAGCUGGUGAAAAGAAUAGUAUAACAUUUGUUGCCAAUAUCAGGAACAAUGUCUCUCCCCGCCCCACCCAAUAAUAUCUAGUGUAUUGGAGGAGGAUGACGAUUGUGAUUAUAUUUUUUUAACUUGUGCUUUACUUACUAUGUGUGUUUUAUUUUGGCCAUUUGUUUGAAGAGACACUAGUCUGGUUGAAUGUGGAAUGAGGAAAAACCAUAACCUUUUUAUUGAAGGCGCCCGCCGUUGCUAGCAUGUGCAGAUCGCUUCGGUACCUGUUUGACUCUUCUGGGUUCUUCGGUGUGGCUACACACAAACAUUUUGCAUCGCAGAAACCAAUGGAGGUGUCACCCUUUCUGUAUAUCACUCAAAUAUAAGUAUAUAACGCGCCUCUUUGUACAAAGAGACUUUCGACUCGGAUAUUCAUCUCAAAACUCCCAAGUUUGACUGGUCCAAAGUCAUCUUUUGACAACUAGCCCCACCACUUUCUUAUUCCCUUAAGACUCCUAUAUUGUAACCCAUAGCCAACAUGAAACACAGCCAGACUUGAAGCUUCAUCCUCUACUAUGUGUGGCUGUCUCUGAAUUUACGGUUUAGAGGGAGAAAUAACAUAGGACUGGGCGAGACCUAUAAUGUGAAGCAUGCGAUGAAAUGGCGACUGCACCUGCAGCCAAUUUUACCAUUGUAAUUGUACAUAGAGUAGUAGUAGUGUUGGUAGGAAGGCAUACUGCAUACACUUUUUACCGUGAGGGGUUGUGCAUUGUGCACCGAUUAUUCUUCCAUCGAAAACACUGCGUCUGCGCACUUAUAACUGCCAUUUGCCCAUCCGAGAAUUGUGACAAUGCCACCCCAUCAUUUCUUCCUGUGUAAGUCCCUAAUCCUUCCCCCACGCUUCUCGGACCAGACAACAUGGUUCUAGGUUCUCUCCGAGUCCUGGAAAGUAGCCACGGUCAAGUGCCAGAACAGCAGGCAGUUUAUAGGCCCUUAUGCAAGAGGAAGGAAUAAUGUGUAUAUUCAUAGUGACCUAUCGUCUAACUAGUUAUUACUGCACAAGGUACCAGGCCAAAUCUAUUUGAGAAACAUUGGGAGUUUGGACUGUUGAUGAAUUUAGUGAUGAGUCACCCCACUGUAAUCUCCAUGGACGUCAGCACUGUUCCAGAGAACGCCAGGCUAUUGGUCUGUAAUAUUAAAAGACUAUGAUGUACUUGCUUCAAUAUCAUGAAUUACUGAGAGGAGAGGGAGGCUCUUUGUCACGACAGCAACCAAAUUACGUAAUAACGGACCCCUUAUCGUGUAUCCUUUCUAUAAGGUGCUUUUCUCAGAAAGUAUACCCAGAGACAGAAGAGGAAGUGGGACAUCCCACUCCCUAAUUUUAUUUUCUGUUUCAAUGGAAGCCAAAUGAACUAAGUAGACCAGACCAAACUGCUAUCGCAUUGGUGUCUAUAGUAGAGCCAUCCCCUUAAGUAGACAUUUUUUUCAAUGGUAAACGGCCUGAGUGAACCAUCUUUUGUAUACCUAGCUGUUGGCAGCCAUUUUGUGGGCCAGGCCUCAAGGUCAAAGCUGUGUAAUUGGCCGCUUGGGCCUCUAACACGUCACUGCCUCACUGAAAACUCUCAAUGUUGUGUAUGGUGUGCAUUUAUUCAGUGUAUAGUUCUUGUAGUGCCCCCCCCCCCCUCCCUUUAAGUAUAUCCCGUCUCGCCCCUACCCCACUUUAUCCCAACCUCACACUAUGUCCAAUAGCCACCACCAACUUCUCUCAACCUACCCCACCCUGUGAUAACCUCCCCCACCAUCUUACCCCAACCUCCCACUUUAUCCACCAGCCCACACUUUCUUCCCUUGAUGGGUGAACCCUACCCCACCCUCAUUGGGGGGGGGUCUACCCAUUCUACCCUGUGAUAUAACAUUGUUUAUAAAAUUAAGAAUUCUGCAGCAGAAUAUUUUUGAAGAAAUUUGCUGUACAGUAUUUGUAAGCUCUAUUUUUGUAUAUUUAAUUGCCAUUUUGGAAAGAAAAAAUAAUGAAUGCAUUUCUUUUGCUAAUUCUGUUUUAUUCAUAAUGUUUUUUUGCAUGUGACUGACUUGAACUGUAAAUAAAAUUACCACGUUUUGGAAA